AUGGAGCGGGUCGCCAUUUCCCCGUCUAUCAGGACUUGUGGAGGCUCCGCGGCCGCUGGCGCAAGCAGCGGCGCUUUUCCAUCAGUUUCAGUGCGCGCGGCUUCCGCAGCGGAGGCGGUGAACGACGACAACCCGAUGCGCGAGUGGCUUCACAGCAGGACUGCUCACAGAGAACAGCACACCCAGGAUUCGGGGUUUAACGCCGUCUCUUCUAACGAGGAUGAGUCCGUGAGGGACGGCGAGGGUGCCACGUGGCGGGAGGAGUGCGGAUUGGUGGGCAUCUGGGGCGACCCCGACGCGGGCCGGCUGUGCUAUCUAGCGCUUCACGCGCUGCAGCACCGCGGGCAGGAAGGCGCGGGGAUCGUGACGUGUAGCGGGAAUGGGCGGCUCCGGUCGGUGACGGGGAUGGGGCUCGUCGGCGACGUGUUCGACUCCAACAAGCUCGCCGAGCUGGAGGGGUCCAGCGGGAUUGGCCACGUCAGAUACGCCACUGCCGGCGCGUCUGUGCUGAAGAACGUGCAACCGUUCGUGGCGGAGUACCGGUUCGGGCCGACGGCGGUGGCGCACAACGGCAACCUGGUGAACCACCGCAAGCUGCGGCACCGGCUGGAGGACGCGGGGUCGAUCUUCAACACGUCGUCGGACACCGAGGUCAUCCUGCACCUCAUCGCCAUGUCCACCGCGCGCCCCUUCAUCGCGCGCCUCGUCUCCGCGUGCGAGCAGCUCGAGGGCGCGUACUCGCUCGUCUUCCUCACCGAGGACAAGCUCGUCGCGGCGCGCGACCCGUAUGGCUUCCGCCCGCUGGUGCUGGGGCGGCGGCGCGACACGGGCGCCGUGGUGGUGGCGUCGGAGACGUGCGCGCUGGACCUGAUCGGCGCGGAGUACGAGCGCGAGGUGAACCCCGGCGAGGUGGUGGUGGUGGACGGCAGCGGCGUGAGCUCCAUGUGCCUCAUGCCCAAGAAGCCGCGCAAGGCGUGCGUCUUCGAACACAUCUACUUCGCGCUCCCGCACUCCGUCGUCUUCGGCCGCUCCGUCUAUGAGUCGCGGUACAGCUUCGGGCGCAUCUUGGCGCGCACGGCGCCCGCGGAGGCGGACGUGGUGAUCGCGGUGCCGGACAGCGGCGUGGUGGCGGCGCUGGGCUUCGCGGCGGAGGCGGGCGUGCCGUUCCAGCAGGGCCUCAUCCGCUCGCACUACGUGGGGCGCACCUUCAUCGAGCCCUCGCAGGGCAUCCGCGACUUUGGUGUCAAGCUCAAGCUCGCGCCCGUCAAGUCCGUGCUCAAGGGCAAGCGCGUGGUGGUGGUGGACGACAGCAUAGUGCGCGGCACGACGAGCAGCAAGAUCGUGCGCCUGGUCAAGGAGGCGGGCGCCACUGCCGUGCACAUGCGCAUCGCAUGCCCGCCUAUCACCGGCUCCUGCUACUACGGCGUCGACACGCCCUCACGCGAGGAGCUGAUCUCGUACCGGCUGAACAUAGAGGAGACGCGCAAGUUCAUCGGCGCGGACACGCUGGCGUUUGUGCCCCUGGAGGACCUGCACUCCGUGCUGGGCGACGACGCCCCCACCUUCUGCGACGCCUGCUUCUCCGGCGCCUACCCUGUGCCCCCCGAAGGGCUGGGUGACGGCAAGGGGCUCACGGGGGGGCGGCUGCUGGAGGAGCUGGAUGCGGAUGUGGAGGAGGAGAUGGAAGCCACCGCUGCUGCCGCUGCCGCUGGUGCUUGA